AUUUUUAGAUAUUUUCGAAAAGCAGUUUAUUUGAGCUAUACCAUGUCGUUAAGAAAGACAGACCAUUGUCGCCAUUGGGCUUUUAUUUUGAAACACCAGUACCGGAAAGUGUUCUGACACUUCUCCGUUUCGAUAACAGCAAUGGCGGCGUCCUGAAAAUAGCAUGUAGAGGAAACAUGCAUAGGUGUAAAACUUAAUGAAGGUUUAACUCUUACUUUAACUAUUCUAGUUAAAUGUUGUAAUUUAUUACAGUGUGUGACAAUUUCCUGUAUGUUUUAUGAAUUUGUUUAGGUCGUUACUUGUUUCGUUCAGCAAGAUGAUGAGAUUCUAAUGUAAAUUCGAUUUUUGAUUUUAUCUUUCGAAAAGGGCACAGUUAUAGUUACCCUUUUUAGCCUCGUUGAGUUCCUUCAUUGAGCCUAGUUGCAGUAUUUGAUUAAUUAAAAGGACAGUAAGAGGUAGAUAACGAGGUGUUAACCUAAUACGUGAUUUGUUGCACAUCCUUGUUCCGCGUGAUUCUUUUUUCUUUUGCUCUGAUGAUAAGCCAUUCCUGCUGCUUGUAGUACAUUACAGCAGGAUGUCUCUGUGCGAAUCGGGAAACAUGUUCUUCAGGCGGGCGCUGUUGCUCUGCAGUCGAAGUUCGCUAUGGCGGCAUUUCGCUUACCAGGCGCCCGGGGGAGAGCGCAGGCUGCCCGAAAGCUGUAGAGGGGUCCCUGGCGUAUGGAAUGUGCAUCAUGAUUGUAAACUAUAUCCAAGGACCUGCGUUAGCAUGGUGAGGUUUUACUCCCAGGAUGACACUGGGAUGCAGGCUUGGGUCAGUCCGGAGAACUCAGGGGAUUCUGCGAAGAUCCAGACCUUGCCAAGCAUAAAGAGGGAUGCUCCAUACGAGCCGCCGGUCCAGGCGGAGCCUGUGUCAGGCGUUUGGAAUGAAGUGGCCGACCAGCGGCUCCCAUACCAUGAGAAGCUGCUGGCCUGCCACAGUCCCGUGGAUGUGCUGGACCUGUCAGGACAGUACACCAUGACGUUAAAACGGUCGAGCAACACGCUGGGCCGUGUCUGGGAAGCCUUCAAAGCCAUGCCCGAGAACCAGAGGAGCUACCAGCUUCAGUUGGUUUAUGAGCACCCCGCCUUCCGGGAUCUCUGUCUGCGCAUCAUGAGCGACGCCCACAAGAUGAAGCAGAGCGAUGCGCCGUACUGCCUGCUGGCCUUAGUGAGGCUCGGGGUCCCUCAGCGCAGCCGCGUGGUGCAGACUCUCCUGCGGGUCACACAGGAAAGACUGAACGAGUUUAACGAGAGGUCCCUGUCUGUCCUGGCCAGCUGCUUGGAGAACAUGCAGAGCUGCAGGAACGUGGAUGCUCUCAAGGAAGCUCUUAGGCUCCUGAUAUCGGACCGUGCUCCCACGAUCCAGAGCGUGAUGGCACUGCAGAGCCUGAUGCGCUGUGUCGGCAGAGAGUCGCCCGCCGGCCUGAAAAAGAGCUUGGAGGAAAAAGCCAUAUCCAUGGCCGACCAGUUCACCCUCCCCAACACCCAGUACAUGUUCGUCACUCUGGCCUCCAUUAAUUUUUUCUCCAAGCCACUGUUGGACAUCUGCAGGAACAAGCUCAUUGAGAGCGUCCACUGCGUCCCGUUCGGAAGGCUGCUUCAGGUCCUGAAGGCUUGUGCAGCUCUGGAAUACAGGGACCAUCGCAUGCUGUCCGCUAUCGCAGAAUACCUGGAGUCCACUUUUGGUGUGUGGACUAGCAAACAGUUGGUCCUCUUCCUCUUGGCUUUUGAGGAGAUGGGUUUCCGUCCAGCCUCCUUGAUGGAUAUGGUUGCUGAGAAGUUCAUUCGAGACCCCACCCCGUUCACGCAGAAGAAUCUCAUGGCCAUACUGAAAACAUACUCAUCCUUAAGCCAUCUUCCUCAGCACCACAGGAGAGAGUUUCUGGACAGUGUGACCAGUCUGCUGGAAUCGUACCUACCCCGAAUGACUCGUGUGGAGCUUCUGAAGGCUGUCUUCUUCCUCUGCAUCCUGGGCCAUUUUCCCUCCACGCCCCUUGAGAAAUUGCUCCAUGAAGAUGCUCUGAGUGAGCUGGUCUCCGGAGAUGGUGACCAUCUUUGGGCAAACAGGCAGAAGCUUCACUACAUCGACCUCUGCCUGCGUCUCGACCAUCCAUCCUCCCCUAUUAAGGUUCCAUCUGGCUCUCUUGCCCCCCAUCCCACGCAACCCACCCCCGCUGCCAGUGCAGUCCUAAUCGAGGUGCUCCAGAACAUUCUGGGAGAGGGGGCAGUGCAGGAGGCUGUGCUCCUGGAGAAUGGCUAUUUCCUAGACUGUGUAAUCACCCCACCGCCUCGCACACCGGAGCCCGUUGGCGUUAGCGAUGAGUCGUCCGCCCCUGAGCCAUGCCGCAGCCUAGCUGUUCUGAAUGUACACGCCUCGUCCUUCUGUCUGGAGUCUCGUCACCCACGGGGGCUUCUGGCUGUGAAACUGCGUCACCUCAAGGCCCUUGGCUACCCGCCCGUCCUGGUGCACCGAGAUGAGUUUGAAACUCUGUCCUAUGAAGAGAAGGAGCAGCUUCUCCGAAGUCUGAUCUGUAGUGUUACAGAGGAAGGUUCGUCUGGACAAAGCGUCAGGGCGUCCGAGGGGGCUGGGGGUUGAGUCGCUUCGGACCGACUUGAGUUCUGUUGGGCUAGGCUGGGGUACAUUCCUUUAAAAUGCUGACCUACUUUGUCUGGCAUGUGUUGUGUUGCACCUUCAAAAUAAAUCCUGAACCUGCUGCUGUUUCA